AUGACGCAGGAAAAUCCCAUCUUUCGCGUGGAAUCAGCCACCACAUUUAAACCAAAGGUUAUCAAGAAGGAUGACUAUAGCAAACUCAGCAAGGAAAGUGAGCGACUGCUCUCCUUCUACCCCGACUACGUGGAGGUCGCCAAGACGAAGAAGAAGGGCAAGCAGGAUGUGAAACGCCUUAUUCGUCUUUCGGACGUAACGGCGGUGAAAACGGAUGAAAAGCACAAAGACCUGCUGCGAGUGUUUGUCAACAACAAGGGGAAGAACGAAUGUCACCAGAUGUCUAUCCUCAACAGUGGUGAUUUUCAAUCUGCCAAAGAUUAUUUUGAAAGAAAGGCACAAAAUGGAGGGGGCGGCAAUGCCUCACCUACCGAGGCAGUACAGACGGUUCAACAAUCAUCGUCCAUCGUGUCAGAAAAGCCCAGCUUGAAGAAACCGCCUUCAAUGACAGUUAGGAAUGAUCAAGGCCGGGGUUUCUCCGCCUCCGAGGUUUUCAGAGCUUCUGAAUCGCAAGGCGAGUCCAGACGUGAAACGAAUAGUGUCUCAAACGUGCAGUACAAUCAGCACUUAUCAAUUGCGCGUGAUGGAUACAAACCUUCCGUCAGAAUGUCCGGCGUAGACGAAUUUUCAGACAUGGUGCAGUCCUACGUUGAGACGAAUGAACGGCCCCGCUCUUCAAGGCUACGAUCCUACGCGUAUUACGACGACUCCCAGGAGGAGAUUACUGGGGGAGGAGGAGUAGGAGGAGGAGGAGAUGAUUUUAACAGUGAAUUCGACGUCCAAACACAAAACCCACGGUACCGCACCUCUUAUGUUCACUCCCAUGGACGGCAUUCUCACGUUGGAAGCGCCAGACCAUACUAUAUGCGUGGUGGAUCAGUUACACCGGCUUCUACUGUCUACACUGAGGAAGGUUUCAGACAUUAUCCGCGAAGGAAUUAUGAUGACGCAUAUUAUAGCGAGCAAGGGGAAGAAGCUUACUCAGUCGGCUACGACAGUGAGUCGGAUAGGACAUUAAUUGGCCGGCCCGUAAAGCCCCGAUCAAUACCCUAUUACACACCCUUCAUCGCGAUCAAUAAUCACAAAAAUUCGUACUGGUGA